AUCCUCUCUCUCUAUAUUAUAAGUAAGCAGAAACUUCAAUUAUUUUUUAAGCAAGAAUCUCUUCAAAUUCUUAAGAAGGUAACAAAAUAUGCACUAGGCAUUUUUGGCUCAUUCCACUUGGUUUAUUUUAUUUGAGAAGGCUUAACAUAUAAGGGUCCCCCCAAACCCCACCAUUUUUCAAUCAAAACAGGACAAAGCCUUCCCCUUUCCUUUGGAAGCAUCGAUGGCAGCCCGAUUUCUUCCCUUUGCUUCACUUCUCCUUCUCUCUUGUUUGGCAGAGACUUGUCAUGGGGUUCUAUUCUCUUCCCUGCAGAGAACACUUAUCGUUACUGCCUCGCAUAAUCAAGGAAUUUUGAAAGCUGGAGAGGAUCAAAUCACAGUAACAUGGGGGUUAAACCAGAGUUUCCCUAGUGGAACUGAUUCAGCCUACCAAACCAUCAAAGUCGAGCUCUGCUAUGCGCCCAUCAGCCAAGUUGACCGUGCCUGGAGGAAAACUGUCGACAAUCUCUCCAAAGACAAGACUUGCCAGUUCAAGGUCGUGGCUAAGCCAUACACCAACACCAACCAGAGCUUCCAGUGGACCAUCGAGCGCGAUGUGCCCACAGCUACAUACUUUGUCCGCGCCUAUGCUUACGGUGCACAGGACCAGGAGGUAGCUUACGGUCAAACCACAGAUGCCCACAAAACCACCAACCUCUUUGAAAUUCAGGCAAUCACUGGCCGCCACUUAUCGCUGGAUAUUUGCUCUGUUUGCUUCAGUGCUUUCUCGGUGGCGGCUUUGUUCGGGUUCUUCUUUGUCGAGAAGAGAAAGGCAAAGAUUUCACAGCAGAAGUGAGAAAAAGAAAGUGCAAUACUAUACCAUACUAAUACUGGGUAUAUGGUGUGUUAUAUGCAUGCUUGUAGUUCUGUUUCCUCAAUACUUUGCUUAUUAAUUUGUACUGCUCGUGGAGUUUGGUUUUUGGUGGGGUUUGUGAAGUGAAGAUGCAUUUUGUUAAGAAUCUUUUGAUGCUAAUGGAUGUGUUAGGUCCAACAAAGAUGUUUCUUACUG